UCAUUCUUUUUUCUCUUGCAAGUUUCUUUUUGUUGAUUUCUUUCUUUUAACGUUUGCCUUUGUAAGCUUCCUCCAAUGGAAGAUUUGAAAUUACCAGAAGCAGUAUCUCCUCCUCCUCCAGAAGAAACAUCAAAUGAUAGCGGCGACGUUGGAAUCACAGAGCCUGAGUUGCAGCAGCCUCACGCAAAUGAACAACAAUCUGAAUCAAAUGAAUAUUCAACUGAAAAUGAGAAAAUUUAUAUGGAUGACACUUUUUUGCCCUCCGGUUUAUCAAGCAGUCAAGCAGAAGAAGCACAAGAUUUUGUUUCUGAGAUUGUUCUGCCUAGAGUGAAGAUUAAGAAUGGAGCAGUGGGUGCACCAAGAGUGCCUUCAAGAUCUCUUUCUUCCCUAAGAAGCCUUGGAUCUCCAAGAGCACUCUUGUCUCCAAGAUUUGGAGUAUCAUCAUCACCUUUGAGCAAUGGAACACCCAACUCUUACAGACACUCCAUUGACACAGCAUCUCCUUUUGAAUCUGUUAAAGAAGCUGUCUCAAAAUUUGGAGGAAUCACAGAUUGGAAAGCACAUAGAAUGGAAGUACUAGAGAGACGCAAGUUUGUGGAACAAGAACUUGAAAAGCUGGAAGAGCAGAUCCCUGAGUACAAGAAAAAUUCAGAAACCGUUGAGAUGUCAAAGUUUCUAGCCGUUGAGGAGUUAGAGAACACAAAGAGACUCAUUGAAGAGUUGAAGCUUAAUCUCGACAAGGCGGAGACAGAAGAGAAACAAGCAAAGCAAGACUCAGACCUUGCAAAGAUGAGAGUUGAGGAGAUGGAACAAGGAAUAGCUGGCGAAGCCAGCGUUGCAACCAAAGCACAGCUCGAAGUGGCUCAAGCCAGACACACAUCUGCAAUCUCGGAACUAGAAUCCGUCAAGGAAGAGUUGCAAGCUCUGGAAAGUGAGUAUGAUGCUUUGGUAGAAGAGAAAGAGGUGGCUGUGAAGGAAGCAGAAGAAGCAGUUAAGGCUUCUAAAGAAGUUGAGAGGAAAGUUGAAGAGCUCACUAUAGAGCUGAUAGCUUCAAAGGAGUCUUUGGAGUGUGCGCACUCUUCUCAUUUGGAAGCUGAAGAGCAUAAGAUUGGAGCGGUCGUGUCGCGUGAUCAGGAGACUCACAAGUGGGAGAAGGAGCUAAAGCAAGCGGAGGAAGAGCUUCAGAAGCUAAAGCACCAUAUAGUUUCAACGAAAGAGCUGAAAGCGAAACUUGACUUUGCUUCAGCGCUGCUUCUUGAUUUGAAGAAAGAACUUGAAGAUUAUAACGAAUCAUCCAAGGAGAAGUCUCACGCAGAUGUGCAAACAGCUGUUGCUUCUGCAAAGAAGGAGUUAGAAGAAGUCAAUGUGAACAUCGAGAAAGCGAGUUCCGAAGUGAAAUGUUUGAAGGUUGCAUCAUCUUCCUUGAGAAUGGAGCUUGAGAAAGAGAGAUCAGCGCUUGACUCGAUUAAGAAAAGAGAAGGGAUGGCGUCGAUAGCGGUAGAGUCUCUAGAUGCUGAGAUAGACAUAACCAGGGUCGAGAUAGCUCUCGUUGCGUCCAAGGUAAAAGAAGCUAGAGAGGAGACGAUGGAGCUGCCAAAGCAGCUCCACCAAGCAGCUCAAGAGGCUGAUGAAGCGAAGUCAUUAGCUGAACUCGCUCGCGAGGAGCUGAGAAAGUCUCAAGAAGAAGCAGAGAAGGCUAAGGCUGGAGCAAGCACAGUGGAGAGCAGAUUAGUCGCAGCUCAGAAAGAAAUCGAAGCUUCUAAAGCUUCGGAGAGAUUGGCGUUAGCCACCAUCAAGGCCUUGCAAGAGAGCGAGUCUGCUUUCAAGGAAAACAGUGUUGAUUCUCCGAGGAGUGUGACGCUGACGCUAGAUGAGUACUAUGAGCUCAGCAAACGUGCUCAUGAGGCUGAAGAGGUAGCCAACGCAAAGGUUGCAGCAGCGGUUUCUGAGAUUGAGGAAGCUAAAGAAACAGAGAAGAGGAACUUGGAGAAGUUGGAGGAAGUGAACAGAGAGAUGGAUUCGAGAAAGAAAGCGUUAGCAGAAGCUAUUGAGAAGGCUGAGAAGGCUAAAGAAGGGAAGUUAAGUGUAGAACAAGAACUGAGAAAAUGGAGGGAAGAACAUGAUGUAAAGAGAAAGAAUGAUGACGAUGAAGUGAACACAGUGAAAAGUCAUGGAGAAGAGUCUAAGGAGAAAGAAGAAGAGUCUAAGGAGAAAGAAGCAGAGUCUAAUGGAACUGAAACAAACACAACUCCACAAGCAAUUCCUGGAAAGAAAAAGAAGAAACUCUUCCCAAGAUUUUUAAUGUUCAUGAUGAAGAAGAAGUCAAAUAAGUGA